CACCCACCCAAUCUAAUGUUUAGCUCCAGAUUUGGCCAGAUCGCUAAUAGAUCGGCCACAUUUGCUCGUUACAGUACGAGAAUACAGCCUAGGGCUGUUCUCAAGGCUGAAAAUACCUUGUACGCCAAUCCAGCUAGAGUUCGCCGCAACUUUUCGUCUGAAAAGGAACCCAAGAAGAACAAUGAGCACGGCGAAAAGGAAUCCAAGUCAGAAAGCGACAAACCUUUCAACAUCCCAAAAGGAUUUGAAGGUUUCUUUGGCAGAAAGGCAGCUGAUGGCAGUGCAAAACGUGGAGCCGACGAAGCAGCAAAGCAACACGCAAAGAAAGCUUCCAACGAGAUCCCUAAGCCUCCACCUUCCGGAGGUCCCAAAGGCAAUGGACCACCAGAGAUUCACCUUAAUCUAAACACCAUUGUACCCACUUUGUUUGGAACUUGGCUUUUGUGGAAAAUGACUUCACCAACUGAUAUGUCUAGAGAGAUUACCUGGCAAGAUUUUAAGACCGAAUUUCUCGACAAGGGUCUAGUCGACCGUCUUAUGGUUGUCAAUCGUAACCGGGUCAAGAUUUUGUUACGCCCUGAGGCAACUUCCAUUGGUGCGACUCCCAACGCUGUAUACUAUUUCAGUAUCGGCUCCAUCGACAGCUUCGAGCGCAGACUUGAAGAAGCACAACGUGAACUUCAAAUCCCAUCUUCGGAACGAAUUCCAGUUGCCUAUCAUGAUGAAAUCAGUUUAGGCAGCACACUCUUGCACUUUGCACCUACUCUUCUCUUAGUUGGUGUUUUGUACUAUAUGACUAGACGUGCUGGAGGUGCUGGCGGCGGUGGUCAAGGUAUCUUCGGCAUUGGAAAGAGCAAAGCCAAGAUGUUCAACCAAGAGACCGAUGUCCGUACCAAGUUCAAGGAUGUCGCUGGUGCAGAUGAAGCCAAGGAAGAAAUUAUGGAAUUUGUAAAGUUCUUGAAGAAUCCUUCUCAUUAUGAACGUUUAGGUGCCAAAAUUCCCAAAGGAGCUAUUUUGUCUGGUCCUCCAGGAACAGGUAAAACCUUGUUGGCUAAAGCAACUGCUGGUGAAGCCGGUGUUCCUUUCCUCAGCGUUUCAGGUUCCGAGUUCGUCGAAAUGUUUGUCGGUGUCGGUCCUUCCAGAGUGAGAGAUUUGUUCGCCACAGCAAAGAAGAACGCUCCUUGCAUUAUCUUUGUCGAUGAAAUUGACGCCAUUGGUAAAGCUCGUGGUAAGGGUGGCCAAAUGGGUGGCAACGAUGAGAGAGAGAGUACACUCAAUCAGCUUUUGGUUGAAAUGGAUGGCUUCGACUCCAACGAACAUGUUGUUGUGUUGGCUGGUACCAAUCGACCGGAUGUGCUUGACCCUGCUCUUAUGAGACCGGGACGUUUCGAUCGACACAUCGCCAUUGACAGACCUGACAUUGGUGGCCGUGCACAGAUUUUCAAGGUCCAUCUUCGCCCAAUCAAAACCAACGAAGACAUUGAGCGAUUAUCCAACAAGCUUGCCGCUCUCACACCUGGUUUCUCCGGUGCCGAUAUUCACAAUGUUUGUAAUGAAGCUGCUUUGAUUGCUGCUCGACAUUUGAAGAAUGAAGUGGAUGAAGUAGACUUUGAAAAUGCUAUCGAACGUGUCAUUGCUGGUUUGGAGAAGAAAUCCAGAGUUCUUUCACCUGAAGAAAAGAAGACCGUUGCUUAUCACGAAGCUGGCCAUGCUGUCGCUGGCUGGUAUCUUGAACACGCCGAUCCUUUGCUCAAGGUUUCCAUCAUUCCCCGUGGUGUUGCUGCCCUUGGUUAUGCUCAAUACCUUCCCAGGGACCAAUACCUGUACUCCACUAAACAACUCUUGGAUCGUAUGUGUAUGACCCUUGGUGGACGUGUCGCUGAGCAUAUUUUCUUUGACACCAUUACAACUGGUGCACAGGACGAUUUGUCCAAGGUUAGCAAAAUGGCAUAUGGUCAGGUUGCAACUUACGGUAUGAACCCUGUCAUUGGACCUAUCUCUUACCAAGAUCCAAAUGGUCAAGAAAGCUUCCAAAAGCCCUUCUCUGAAGACACCGGUAAACUCAUUGAUGCCGAAGUUCGAAAGCUGGUGAACGAAGCCUUUGACCGAACAUUCAAGCUGUUGACGGAUAAGAAGGAAGAUGUCGAGAAGGUAGCCCAAUUGCUUCUGAAGAAAGAAGUGCUUAACCGGGAAGAUAUGGAAACCCUCCUUGGAAGGCGACCUUUCGUUGAAAAGACAGUGUAUGAUGAAUACGUUAGACCCAAAACCAACUCUGCUCCCCCACCAUUCCCUGAAGAUAGAAAUGAGCAACCACCCAGCCCUGAUGUUAAAUAGAAUGCUUUUAUGUUAGAAUUUUUCAAAAUGCCCAGCUUAAACUCCCACUCCCCUCUCCAUAUGCCUCAUCGAUGAUAUGUAAUGCCAAAAGUUUUCGUCUUUAUUAUGGCACAUUUUUUUUUUGUCAUUUAUCUCCUCACUCACUCCAUCACCCCCUGUUUGUACACUUGUUUUCUUCAUAGUAGACAACCGUUUUGAAAUACCAAACCCAAUAGACUGUAGAGCGAAUGAAAUCUUUAUGUCUCCUCCCCGUUGAGCCACAGACCUUAAAUUUACCAGCAAAUUGGUCAGUUUCACCUUUUGACUGCUUCUCAUUGAUUGG